CAACAAGAAAGUCAAGUGGAUUAUCCUUCUUUCUUUAAAAAUAAUAUGCCUUUAACAACAUCAAGAAACAGCCAUAAUGUCUUUCAUCAAAUAAUAUCACAUGCCAAUAGUCAAUACCUCCGUAUCCAAUUCCAAAGAAGUCCUUAUGAAGUUGGUUUACAAUUUGUGUAUGAGACAAGGACAUGAAACCAUGCCUUAGCUUUUGUUGUUUUUCCUUGUAUAUAUGUGCUUGAACAUGUCAUUUUUCUUGAUUCUUCAUCUUUUUCAGAGGGGAAUUAUGGCUAAUUCAUUUGAUGAUGAGUGUGAUUACCUCUUCAAGGCCGUGUUGAUUGGGGACUCAGCUGUCGGAAAAUCGAAUCUGCUAUCAAGGUUUGCUCGAGAUGAGUUUCACUUAGACUCCAAGCCAACUAUAGGGGUUGAAUUCGCUUAUAGGAAUAUUAGAGUAGGGGAUAAGCUCAUCAAAGCCCAGAUAUGGGACACUGCUGGGCAAGAAAGGUUUAGAGCCAUAACCAGUUCAUACUACAGGGGAGCAUUAGGUGCCUUGCUAGUCUACGACAUAACCAGGAAAGCAACAUUUGAGAAUCUGAAGAAAUGGUUGCAUGAGCUGAGGGAGUUUGGUAGCUCCGACAUGGUAAUUGUUCUUCUUGGCAACAAAUCUGAUUUGUGUCAAUCGAGACAAGUUGGUGUGGAAGAUGGCCAAAGCCUUGCCCAGCUAGAAGGCCUAUGCUUCAUGGAAACAUCAGCAAAGGAGAAUGUGAAUGUGGAAGAAGCAUUUCUCCAGAUGGUUACUAAAAUCCAUGAAAUUACAAGCCAGAAAAGCCUAGAAGCAAAGACUAAUGAAACAAGUCCAACACUUAAUGGGAAAAAAGAGAUUAUCAAUGUUGAUGAAGUGUCUGCUACUAAACAAACUAGUUGUUGUUCAUAUUGAGCUGAUUCCAGAAAAGCUAUACAGCGGCUUUCAGUUGCUUAUAUACAACAUUUUCCCUCAAAUCUUCUGUAUUCUAGUCUGUGUAAGUUUGCUUUAGAACUUUGAUGAGUGAAAUUUAAGAUCUUUAAAAUAUUGUGACUUUUUCUUAAAUUUAGUUUUGUAAAAACUUCC